AUGCUCAAGCGUAUUGUUGGAUUGCCUGCAAGGCGUUGCUUUCAUAGAACGUCCUUUUUGCUGGGCAGUGACUUUGAAACUGUGCAUAUUCCCAAUACGAACCACUUUAAAGAUUUACUUAUAGAGAACGGUAAAUUUCAAGAGGAUCAAGCAACUACAAUAGUAGAGAUAAUGACAGAUGCAAUUAGGGGCGGGGUUAAUCAUGUUUCACAGGAUCUGGCAAAGAGAGAAAAAUUGACCCAACUUAGCUAUCAACAACGUGUUGAUUUUGCAAAGUUAAGAGAUCAGCUAUUGAGUGCUGAUAGAAGUGAAUUUCACAAUAUUCAAAACGAGUACGAAAGUGUGAAAAACGAUCUGGAGAAACUAAGAAACAAACUAAGGGAAGAAAUUACCAAAACAAACGCCGGUUUCAAACUUGAUCUGUCCUUAGAAAAAGGCAGAAUUAGGGAAGAAAGUAGUCAUCACGAUCUGCAAAUAAAAGAAAUCGACACCAAAAUUGAGCAAGAAGUGACCAAUAUGAAGAUGCAGAUUGAUUCUGUCAAGACUCAAGUCAUGCAAUGGCUGAUAGGUGUCUGUACAGGUACAUUUGCACUUGUAUUAGCAUAUAUGAGGUUAUUAACAUAG